AUGCUGAUAAAUUCCGAUUUAGGCCUGACUCGCUCUCCUCCAGGGUCCGGGGACUCUGGCUCCAGUCUCGAAGUCACUAGAAAUAGCUCUCGGAGAAGCUCCCGUGCGUUGAUCGACGACUUUACAUACUAUCCGGCCAUCCUUUCCCAAGUCGCAUAUGUCUUCCGGAAGCUCGUGCCGACCGCAAGUCGGUACAAGGAUUCGCUGGAAUAUACCGAUUGCUUUAUUGGGAGGGAUGCAGUCGAUAUCCUGUCGACCAUCAUCAAAAGCAGCGACCGAAAUCUAUGUCUUUUACUUGGAAGGGCGUUGGACGCUCAGGGAUUCUUCCACGACGUCACAUACAACCACCGAUUACGAGACAGCCCGAACGAACUGUAUAAAUUCCAGACUGAACAACUGCUGAUAGCCGACUCAACCGACGAGAAAGAUGCCGGGUCACCAGCAAAGGGCGUCAAGGACGAAACCCUCCCCAACGGCGUAUUCACUCUCCUCACCCACUGCUACUCCCCCACAUGUUCAGCCGACAAGCUCUGCUACAGCAUCGCUUGUCCCGGCCGUCUCGAACAACAAAGCAGACUGCUCAAACAGGCAACGUCACGGUCAAACCUGGAGAGGAGUCCGAGUAGGACGUCGUUUGGGGAUCAGGAGAAACAGGCGGAGCUGCUGUGGUCGACCACUGUCCCGCAGGAUAUUGUGGAUGCGGUGUCGAGUGCCGAGCGGAAACGGCAGGAGAUCAUCUAUGAGGCGAUCCAGACUGAGAAGGAGUUUGUGGGGGAUUUGGAGUUGAUUGAGAAUGUCUUCAUUCAACCAUUGCGGAAAAAGCUCAUCAUCCCAGCCGAGAGAUUGGAAUCAUUCAUCAGCAGCGUGUUCCUCAACAUCUCCGAACUGCACGAAAUCAACUCCCAGCUCCUGCAAAAACUCCUAGAACGUCAAAAAGCAAAUCACAUCGUCGACAAAAUCGGCGACAUCUUCCUCGCCACCGUCCCGUCCUUCCAAGCCUACGUCCGUUACGGCGCGCAACAAGUCUUUGCCAAACACAUUCUCGACCAAGAACGUGCCACCAACCCCGAAUUCGCCAAAUUCCUCCAAGAAUGCGAACGCGACCCGCAGUGCCGAAAACUGCCCAUUCAUAGUUUCCUCGCCCGCCCAACCACGCGGAUUGGUCGAUACCCCCUUUUUCUGCAAUCGGCUAUCAAGGCGGCCGCGGAACACCAUCCGGAUCGGACUUUGAUACCGCAGGCGAUUAGGGUUAUUAAGGCUGUGUUGAUGGAUAUCAAUCAGGAGGCCGGGAGGUCGGAGGAUAUGUUGAAAUUGCAGAGAUUGCAGGAUUCGUUGAUAUUUCCGGGGGAGCCUUAUGACUUGGGACUCGCGAAACCUGGACGUGCGAUCAUUCGGGAAGGCACUCUGAUGUUGCGGAGGAACGGACAUGAUCAGGAGAUACAUCUGUAUCUUUUCGAUCACGUAUUGCUCAUGACGAAGACGAAGAAGGGUGGAUCUCGGAAGCUUUAUAAGCGGCCAAUACCACUGGAGCUGAUAGUUGUAGCCGACACGCAAUCCUCAGUGGGCCGACGAGGCUCAAUACGCUCCCUCCCCAACUCCGUCCAUAACUCCGUCCACAGCUCCAUCAGCUCCAAAUCCUCCCAUCACACCACCAUCACACCACUUUCCGACGCAUCCAAAGGAUUCCCUCUCACAAUCACGCAUCUCGGUCGAGACGGCGGCACCGUCACCUUCCACGCCUCAAACCAAGCCGAACGCCGCCUAUGGCGCGAAGCAAUCGAAUCCCAAAAAUCCCUCCUCAUGGAAUCCAAGCAAAAAUUUGAAAUCGUCACUUUACUCGACACGUUGUUCCCUUACCACAAUCGGGUGAACGCGUCGACGGUUCUUGGGGAUAGGUUGAUUUUGGGCACGGAUGCAGGGUUGUAUGUGGGACCGCUGCAUUGUGAGGAUGGAGCGGGUGAGCAGAGUUUCAAGAAGGUGUUGGAUAUGGAGAAGAUUUCGCAGGUGGAUGUGUUGCCGGAUCAUGAUUUGUUGACGUUGUUGGCUGAAAAAUGCCUGUGGUCUUUCCCCCUCUCCAUCCUCGACUCCCCCGAAUCCGAAUCCGGCAAAUACUUCCACAAAGGCGAACGCGUCUCCUCCAGCACAAACUUCUUCAAAAGCGGCGUAUGCAGUGAUCGCACCCUGAUCUCGGGCGUCAGGGUCACUGCGCUCAGCUCCAUUGUUAAGAUCUAUGAGCCGAUUUCGGGGGAGAGUAAGAAACGCGGGAAGUUGGGGAAGCUGUUUUCGUCCGCGGAGCAGACGGUGAAGACUUUCAAGGAAUUUUACAUCCCAGCCGAAGCUAACUCAAUCCACUACCUCCGCACGAAACUCUGCGUCGGCUGCUCAAAAGGGUUCGAGAUCGUCGACCUAGACACCCUCAUGCCUCAGGGACUGAUCGACCCGGACGACGACAAAUUGGAUUUCGUCAGCAAGCGUGAAGGGCUGAAACCAAUCAGCAUCUUCCGUCUGGACGGCGGAGAUUUCUUGCUGUGUUAUGACGAGUUUGGGUUCUAUAUCAACCGGUUUGGAGCGAGGAUCAAGGAGGAUUCGCUGAUUUAUUGGUUGGGAAAUCCUACUAGUUUUGCAUUCCACGCCCCCUACAUAAUAGCCUUCGAACCCUCCUUCAUCGAAGUCCGCCACGUCGGCACCGGCGAACUGCAACAGAUCAUCCCCACCCACAACAUGCGCACCCUCAACACCAAUCCGGAGAUCCUCCACUGCGUCAUGGACAGCCCGCUCGAAUACCAGUGCGUGUUCAGAUUGCGGGAGGUUGUCUCCACGACGGCGGCUGUUAUGGAUGAGCUGUUUGAUGAUGAGGAGGUGGGGGACGGGGAGGGGGAGGGGGUGGAUGAUGGGGGUUCUGUGGCUUAA